AUGAAGUGGAAUAACAUUAUCCAGGCAAUUGUCUUUAUUUCUCUUACUGGACCUGGAACUGUAGGAAAUAUCCUAGUAUUCAUGAGACAUGUGUAUACUUCUGCCUUGGGUAUUGCAAAAAGGCCUGUUGACCUUAUUAUCAUCCAUUUGGCAUUUUCUAAUCUGAUUAUUAUUUGUAACACAGGGGUCAGAGAUGUAGCUACAGUGUUUUAUUUCAGAAACUUCUUAGGAGAUAUUGGUUGUAAAACUGUGAUUUAUCUGGCAAGGAUGGCACGGGGCCUUUCCAUCUGUACCACCUGUCUCCUCAGUGUGGUCCAGGAUGUCACCAUCAAUCCCAGGACCACCCUUUGGACAAAACUCAAACCACAGACAUCAUGCCAAGUUCUUCCCUUUCUCCUCCUCUUUUGGAUUGUUAAUGUUCUCAUAAGCUCCAACUUACUCUGCUACAUCAAAGCAGGUGGUGGUUUAAACAGAUCUAUAGCUGCAACAUUCAUUGGCGACUGCUAUAUGCUACCAUCCAGACAUAUUAAGUGGCUUUUCCUCUCUCUCAUGACUCUUCGUGAUGUCAUCUUUCAGAGUCUCAUGGGCUGGAGCAGUGGGUCCAUGGCUCUCCAUCUGUAUAAGCACCACAAGCGUGUCCUCUACCUUUACAACUCCAGGUCUGCAAACAGCUCCCCUCCAGAAAUCAGAGCUACAUGGAGUGUUCUCAUUCUUAUGGCCUGUUUUCUUUUCUUCUAUUGGGUAGAUUUCAUUAUCUCCUUCUACACAGGUUCCACAGUGACUCGAAAUUUUACUUUACUAAAUAUUAAAAUAUUUUUAGAACUUGGUUAUGCUAGUUUCAGCCCCUUUGUUCUGAUCAGUAGAGAUGUCCAUGUUCCUAAUGUCUCACAUGCUCACUGA